UUCCAAGUGAUUCCUGUGUUUUGCAACAAACGCAACUCUUUUCUAACCUAGCCCGAAUGUUUAGUGGUGUAAUUACUGCCCAGACGGGACUCGCGUAGUGAUGCUUACAAUUGCGAUUUAUCCUUGAUGCUAGAAAGUUCGUUUCAUCGUCAGCAAAACAUCAACAUACGCGCGUCGCGGUUCCAUUGAUGUUCAUCCGUUCUGGCGUUCCAGCAUCAGACCACCCUUGGAACUUGUAUCUGCCGCCGUCAACCAUUACUUGGGAAAACUGCGAAACGGUCGCACUUACUACUGCACGUCGAAGUGCAAGCAAAGUGAUUUCGUGAACGUUGUCCCUGGUGCGGGCUGUGAAUGUGUGCUCGCGUGUGAAUGUUGAACGACUUUAUCGGUUGACCGUCCCACGGCUCAGUGUCUCGUGUUUGUGCAGACGUGCUAGCAAUGUCUUGUAUGUGCCUGAUCUGAUCCCCGAGCGCCGGUUUCCUGUUUUUGUUUUCGCCCCCUCCGGUCGUUUCUGUGGCCGUGUAAAGCGAGUCUUACAUCGAUACGGUCAUCGUUUCGUUAGGUCUCCCGGGGGGAGGCUGGCUGGUGGAGGAGCAAACGGUACGACUAUGACUGUGUAGUGCCGAUCCGAACGUGACACGCCGUCCACCGGAAGCAAAGGCAACUACCACACUUCGCAGUAAGUGCUUGCUGCCUAGAGUUGACGAGAGCAGCAGAUAGAAUCUUCAGUGAAGGAUCUAAGGUCAUCCCAAAUUCUAAGUGAGCAGUUUUCGUCUAUAGAUGCAUCAGCUAUUUAGCAUCUCGCUGGCACCACUUUAACCAGUUCUUCUACAGAGUAAUCCCUCGACGCAGCUGAAGGGUGUUUGUGUGCGUCGACGCUGAAAUAUCGGCAGGAAGUUUUGAAUGAACAAAGGAAAUGGGAAUAAAAGCGAGCACCGCGAAUGGAGGACAGCAGAGUCCUAGAGCUCGAACAUUCUCCACCAGCAGCAGUAGUGACGUUGUUUCUGGCACACCAGGAGCACCGUAUGAAAUAUCGUCCGCUAGUCCCGAUCCCGAUAGUAGCUCGGCAGAAGAAACUGCUGCGGCUAGUGCUUCACUUGCUUUGGGAAGAGUUUACGCAACAUCGCUACCUACUCAUAUCUGGUCAUUAAAUGGUAUUAAAUGCCCAGUAUGUAGCAAAUUUGUGAUGCCUGACGACAUUGAGUGUCAUUUUGUAAUGUGCCUAACGAAGCCUCGUUUAUCGUACAAUGAGGACUGCUUAGUUGAUGCGAAGGGCGAAUGUGUCAUUUGUUUAGAGGAUCUUUGCCCCGGUGAUAUAAUUGCUAGACUACCUUGUUUAUGCAUCUACCAUAAAGGAUGUAUCGACAAAUGGUUCGAGGUGAAUCGUAGCUGCCCCGAGCAUCCUGGUGAUUAGUGGAAACUUGAAUACAUUAAGCAAUCCGUAAACAAGCAUUGAAAUCAAAUUACUUUGCUAAGCUUCGCGGGUGUGAUCUUUAGAGAAUAUACGGUCCAAUGACAGGGUAAUCGCUUGAAUGCAGGGACAGAAUUGAAUGGUUGCUGGAAUGAGUCAACAGCAAACGAUCAUAAACGUCUAUCCUUGAACAUUUCUUCUUUUCUUGCACAUUGCGUAUAUUGGAACUCAUGCGUAUGUUUCAGGCAGGAAAAAAUAAGAUAAAAACAUUAGAAGCUAAAAUGUUGACUUUUCACCUGGAUUCAAAAUUGAAAAAUUCAUUCUUAUGACGAUAAAAUACGUUGAAAUACCAAUCAUUAUCAGUCUUUUUCGGUUAUAAUCGAUGGCGAAUGGAAUUCUUUAAUGAACUCAAAUUGUCAGCCUCCUAACUGCAUAAGGAUAAAUCUUGUUUUAAUUUUCCCAUUUGCUUUCUAGUCUUACUGUUUUUUUUUACAUACUACAUGUUACGUAAGGCAACUUCAGGAGCAAGGUCUAACUGCUAUGCUUACGUUUUAUGUGCAACUAAACUUUUAAAGUCUCAUUGUGAAAUUAUUUUCGGCUUUUUAUUUGUUUACAAGAGAAACACUCAUUUUUAAAAGAACAUUUUUUACAAAAAUUUAAGAAUAUUGACACAUAUGUUGCAGAUUAUUUUCCGUGUUUGAAUAGGAAUCGUGAAAAGAAGAUCGACGGAAGGUGAAAAAAAGAGAUUUAGACAGUGAUGAAGAUACUGCGCAGGGACAGGAAAAGUAAGAAAUAAAGAGGAAACCGGCUAAGUGUAAUCAAAAAAGGGAUUAUUAAACCAUGGAGAGUAAAAAACGUUGAUCCGGAACGAACAAAAAUUUGAAGAAUCAGGAUAGUUAGUGAUUUGUCCUUUGUACAUAAAUCUAAUAAAAUAUAAACAGGAUAAAAAUGAAAACAAUAUUCAAUUUAACCCGAUCGAUGCGAUGUUAAAGUUAUGCAGAACGCUGAAUUAAAGCAAACGUGCCUCAGAGGGAAGAAACGACUCCAUCGCACAUGGACCUCGUGCGUAAGAGACCGGAAUUGCAAAAGGGAAAAAUUGUCAACAUGUUUUCAGCCCAUGCAAGGAACGUGAUACAAUGCAGCUUGUUUGCUCUUCGUUGUGGGACACAGUGGAAUAGCUGACAGGGCGUUCGGGAGAAUGUACGGAUGUAGUACAGAAGGAUUGUAAAUAGUAUACAAAACGCCAAUUGUAAACGUGUGGACGAAGCGUAGCAAAAUGCUACUAAGCCAUUCCCACAAAAGUCGUGAGUACCCAAUACGAUUGAAAAUUGUUAACAGAAUGACAUAUGAAAUGCAAACAGGAGCACGCUAGUUGUUCACUAGCAUGUUCCAAAGAUAUUUCAUACAUGAUAAUUUCCACUUCAUAAAAGCGGUUGUGGACUUUAGUGACUUUCAACGAUUCGUAGCUGUCAAAUGCUAAUUUCAGCUUUAUUUCUAGCCAUGGUAGUACAUCUACGUGCAAACUAAUAAGGAUUUAAUGCUACUUUACUUUCAUUUGAUGCCGACAAGAAACGAUUGCGAUGCUUACAAUUGAUAAGGACAGGAAAAGAUACUCUUAUCUAAAGAUGUGCGUGAGUGAGCGUAAUUCUCACCUUUUGGCAACAUGUGUAUGAAUAUACAACGAUCGACGUCUGUUUAUCUAUCAAGCUCCAUAUAGCUACGAAUAAUCAACCGAUGGAAGUUGCGAUCGUCUAUAAAUGCUUUAACACUGGAGUAGAAAGAAAACAUUUUCAAAAUGAAAGCUAAUGGAUAAGGCAGUCGAUAGUAAUACCAUUAAAAUUAGAGAGAUCAAAAGAAAAAAUGAAACAUCGAGGGGAGAAAAGUGAUGUUUAUUUCUCAGAGAAAGAGAAAUUGAAUUUAGUAAAACAGUGAAAAAAGUAAGAGAUGUGAGAUGUUACACUGAUUUAAGCAAAUGAUAUCUCGUAUCCAACAAAAGCUAACACGAGAACUGGAAAAUAGCUUUAGAAAUUUAACGAAAACCAAAAUAAAAACAAACAAAAAAUAUACAAGAACAAAAGGGACCCGUUGUGUAAAACCUGCAGUUUCAACUGCGAAAGAAAAAAAAACGCAAUAGUAAUGCUUAUUGUUUAAAAAAAAACUGGCAAUCGAAUACUUUGAUAGAUUAAUUUUGUUUCUAAUACAAUCGAUUGGCUCUU